CAAUCACCAGGGGUAUUAAAUGGGAUAGUGUAAAUGCACCUGCAACACAUCAACUAACCACACACUCCUCCACCUGUUUGUAUUUACUUCAAAAACUUAAUUCAAAAAUCCCUUUGCUUCUUUCCUUCCCUCUAUUUAUAAACCCUAGUAUCCGGUUUUUAUUCUACCACACAAUACCAUUUGCAACAAACUUCUCUCUGAAUCUCAGUGAAUUCUCAUAAAAUGAGAGGGAUGGUGAGUUUUGCCGUUUGGGCUCUCUUUGCUGCUUUACUCUCACAGCAGCUCUUUGCUUCUGUUGCUUCCGUAAGGUUUGAGGAUGCCAAAACAUACUACUUAUCUCCUCCCUCUGGCUCACAUGGAACUCCUCCAUCACACACGCCUCCUUCUUCUAACUGUGGAAGUCCACCUUACGACCCUUCUCCUUCAACUCCUUCUCACCCUUCACCUCCAUCACAUACUCCAACUCCUUCCACUCCAUCACACACUCCAACUCCACACACUCCAUCACACACGCCAACUCCACACACCCCUCCUUGUAACUGUGGAAGUCCACCUUCCCACCCUUCCACGCCUUCACACCCUUCCACUCCUUCGCACCCAACGCCAUCACACCCUCCUUCUGGUGGAUAUUACUCAUCUCCUCCACCAAGAACUCCGGUUGUUGUGACUCCACCAUCACCCAUUGUUGAUCCAGGCACACCCAUCAUUGGAGGAAGCCCACCAACUCCUAUCAUUGACCCAGGCACUCCUGGAACUCCUUUCAUUCCUGCUCCUUUCCCACCAAUCACUGGAACAUGCGAUUACUGGAGAAACCACCCUACAUUGAUAUGGGGCUUGCUUGGAUGGUGGGGAACUGUUGGAGGAGCUUUUGGUACAGUCAGUAUUCCCAGUAGCAUUCCAGGGUUUGAUCCUCACAUGAACCUUCUUCAGGCACUUUCCAACACCCGCUCUGAUCCCAUUGGUGCUCUCUACCGUGAAGGCACAGCUUCUUGGUUAAACUCCAUGGUCAACCAUAAGUUCCCUUUCACAACCCCUCAAGUUAGAGACCACUUUGUUGCAGGACUUUCCUCAAACAAGGCAGCCACAAAGCAGGCCCAUACCUUCAAGCUUGCUAAUGAAGGUCGUCUAAAGCCUAGAGUCUGAAGUUAAGAGAGUUUCAUUUCUCAGUUUGUUUGUUGGUUUAUAUCAAAAACAAUCUUAAUUAAUUAUCUUGUCAUUUGUGUUGCUCAGUAGAAUUUGAAGUGUCCUAUAGUCUCUAGUAAUAUUUAUGAUGGAUACUUCCUUUUAUUUAAUGUUGUUGUUUCAAAAAAUUUCUUGAUCUUAAAUAAGAUUUAGUAGUUCCUCUGUUUCUCAAUCACUGUUCAAGAAUGUCCAAAGAAAUGAAUCAUAUGCAAGUUUA